UUGCUUGUGACACAGGUGUUUACCAUUAACCGGGGGACCACACAGUGGUAGUUUUGAUCAGUACAUAGUCCAUCUGCUGUUAUAACAAUCAUGAUGUGUGAGGAUGUUGAUCGUUCGUUGACACACCUGGUGCACAUUCCAGACGACGGCGGUGACACCAUCACGUGUUAUAACGCCAAUGGCUUCCUCAUACUUGUCUCCUCCGACAAAAGAGCCAUUCUGGGAAUCCGCUCAGUGAAAAUACGCGCCGAUGACAUCCUGCUCUGCACAUAUCCUAAAUCAGGAACCAACUGGGUGUUUGAAAUAACACGUGAAACCCUAACAGGGAAGAUAAUUGAAGAUGACGUCACGAUGGUUCAGAGGUUAAUAGAAAUGGAACCAGAGGAGAGUUACGCGGACCUCCAGUCUCCCAGGAUACUCAACUCCCAUUUGCUGAUGAAACAUCUGACAGAAGAUGUUCUCAAGAAGAAAAUAAAAGUCAUUAACGUUCUAAGAAAUCCAAAGGACGUAGCUGUUUCUUUCUAUAAUUUUGCGAAGAAGAUUCCAAAUCUAGAAUAUAAAGGAGAGUGGAAAAACAUCUUGCGUCCUUUCUUUGAAGGGAAAUUUAUGUAUGGAUCAUGGAUGGACUAUGUUAUAAACUGGGAGCAGGUGAAGAAGACCAAUCCAGAUCUGCCCGUGUUGACGCUCUUCUACGAAGACCUCAAGCAGGAUCAGAUGCGGGAGAUUAGGAGGAUGUGUGAGUUCCUGGGUGUAGAGAGAACGGAUGACUUCCUGUCCAGAAUCUGUGACAACACAACACUGACGGCCAUGAGGACUCUCAAAACAAAGGCAUGUUAUGAUGGGGCAGUGUUUAGAAAAGGGGGAGUAGGUGACUGGAAGAACUGGUUCACUGUGGCCCAGAACGAGUGGUUUGAUCAGCUCUACCAGGAGAAGAUGGCCGACUGUCACCUUCAGUUCAAAUACAUGCUGUGAUUUACCGACAAUGUACCUCAGUC